AGGAGCAUUCUGCUGUGGUUCGAUUACAUCUUCUCACUGCUGUGAUGAAGUGCAUUUUAAAAGGCCUCCUGAGACCCAAAGUGCAUUGGGAGCUGCAUUGGCAGCAGGAAUCGGUGAUUUCACCAGGAUGUUCAUGACGGAGCGCUAUUCUAUAUAUGAUUUUAUGGUAUAAUGUGUCUGUGGCUGAACGUGUGGUGAACCCUCCAAAGCAAGCUGUUUCUGUAUUUGCAGAUACUCAAAGCAGUGAAAUUAACGAUCGGAUAUUUGAUGAAUUUAACAGUUUAUCUGUUUUAUACCAGAAGCCAUCUUACAUGUUUACUGAUAAGGAACACAAGGGUCCACUUGAGUUUGCAGAUGAACUUGGAAAUCUAUCUAUUCGUGAAGCAGCAGAUAAUAUUGCUUCUAGUCAGAGAGUGGAAGAAAAUGACAAGGAUCUGCUUUUAACAAUUGCAGAGAAUUUUGGAGCAGAAAAUGUCUUUAUUUAUCCACACCUUCUUCAGAACUCAACAUGUACUUAUUUGGUGCAGGAACUCUCACUAAGCCCUCAAGCUGUUGCAGCACUUACAAUUCCUCGAGCUUUACUUUGACACAUGCAAAGUCAUUCCAUCCACUGCAUAGCAUCAGGUGGUCAGUUCCCCAACUUCAAGUUUUUCUUCUUUGCGCAGAAAUUUGAGGAAUCAUCUGAGUAUCUCGUUGAAUGUAUAAUCAACACAUCAUCGGCAUAAGCCCAAGUGAAGAUCAAAGUACAUCCCAGGCAUUCUCAACCAUUUUCGAAUUAGUAUUGUCCAAGUUUGGCACUCCAUGAACCCUAAAACUACUAUAUUUAAUGGCUAUGGGCAUUGGGUAAGGACGUUCUCAAUUACUAUUUCAAUUCAAAUUAAACUGAAAACCCAUUUUGUAGAUAGAAUUGUUAAACUCCCUUUUGGUAUGUAUAGAUGUCACUGAAUAUGAUCGAAAUGUACAC